AAUAUAGUAGAGUAACUUUAUUGAUCCCAGAUCCCAGAUCUGUAACAUUCCAAGGAGACAAAGUUGGGAAAUGCAUUCACAAAUUUGACAGCCAAAUGGAAAAACAGAUUCCCUCUUAGUUCUCCAACGACAGAAGUGGCGUGCGCAAUGACCACUAAGUUACGGAUAACGGUGUUGAGAGUUGAGUCAUGCAUUCUAAUCUCUUCCUCGAGCAUUAAAACAGACCCAAGGCUGAUGAUCACUCAGUGCUGAAAUACAAGGCAAGGGAGUAUUGCACGACAGAGGGUCCGUAGGCGUUAUCAGAAAUGUCGGUGGUAAGCGCAAGGCCGUUUCUUCUAAGGCAAGAUCUAGACCAAUCUCCGUCCCGUCUGCGGCGGCACACUUUACCAGCAAGUGAAUUCCGGCCACUCAAUCCACAGGACGCCAUAAGCGUGUUUGAGAUUGAAAGAGAAGCAUUUAUCUCCGUGUCAGGGGAGUGCCCACUGCAUCUUGACGAAGUCCGCCACUUUCUCACCCUGUGCCCGGAGCUUUCUCUUGGAUGGUUUGAACUGGGCAGACUUGUCGCCUUCAUCAUCGGAUCACUGUGGGACGAGGACAGGUUGACCACUGACGCACUGACUCUUCACAAGCCAGAUGGCCACACGGUCCACAUCCACGUGCUGGCGGUCCACCGGACCUUCCGUCAGCAGGGCAAAGGUUCCAUCCUGAUGUGGCGCUACCUGCAGUACCUCCGUUGCCUGCCCUACGUGCGACGCGCCACGCUCAUGUGCGAGGACAUGCUGGUUCCGUUCUACAAGAAAUCCGGCUUCAAGGUGGUGGGUCCGUGCGCCGUCACCGUUGCGCACCUCACGUUCACGGAGAUGCAGUUUGCCAUCAGGGGACAGGCGUACAUGCGGCGCAAUAGCCAUUUCUAAUAAUGGGGACCUUUGGACAUGACAAUCGUGAAGUGUCCUGAAUGUAUCCUGUGCUUUUUGUUGAAUAUAUCUAGCCUCUUCGGUUCCUCUCCUCAUGGCAUGUGAUUUAGUGUAGACUGUCACUAGAAGUACAUGUCCAUGCUGAAGUACAGUGUAUCAAUGUCUGUUAUGACCCAGCUGUGAUAUGGGUACUGC